AUGUCGUCAAUCUUCAAAUUCGCUGCAGUCUUGUGUACCCUGGGUUUUCAGUUGCCCGAAGUCUUUGCGGCUCGUCAACCUUACGAUGUGAGGAAGAUUAUCGACGCUUUUCGUCACCCACAAGACGAUCUCACCAUUCUCUGCGCUCAUAGAGGCUUGAAAUGGAACGGCACUACUGAAAAUUCUCGUGAUGCUUACUUCCGAGCCACGGAAGCCGGGUUAGAAUGCAUCGAGACGGAUAUUCACCUCUCACUAGAUGGCCACCUACCCAUGAUCCACGAUGGCGGACUUGGACGUACGACAGACAUUGGUGAGCAGACGGGACAGCCCGCAUAUAAUCCUUUCACUGGUCAGGGGUACAACCCGCUUGUCAGCGAGCACAACUUUACGGGCUUCAUCGAGAACCUUCACCUCCGGGACGAGCAGGGCAGAGUCCACGUAGAGACAGUCCCUACGCUGCCUGAGAUGGUCCAAAGCAUCUACGAAACUGGAGCCAACGUCGUGCUGCAGCUGGACUUCAAGGAGCAAGCUGCAGUCGAGCCUGCCUACUGGGCCUUGAAGAACCUCACAAACCGUGCCGGGGUGCCUGCAAACGAGUGGUGCAUCUACAAGUUGCAAGCAAAGUGGUGGAAGAACCCUGCGGAGUUUGAGGCGUUGGAAUGGGUCCAGGAUGCGUUUGCUUCUGGCAUUCAGCUUGCUUAUAUCCCCGUCUACAACCCUGAAGAUGAAGCCUCAUGGGAUACUCUUACCUCACUAAAGGAGUUUGCCUCAACGAACUACACGAUCAGUGCCGAGAUUGAGGUGUAUUCGACCGGUGCUCCUUUACAACCCCUUCAGGACUACAUUGUCCACAAUGGAACUGAACAAGAUACCUUCAGAACGUCUGGGAUUUUUUACGCCGCUGGAGACCUGGUUGAUUUCAUUACCUCGGACCUUACGCGAUUCGACACGGCGAAUUACACUAUCCCGGUCGAUAUUCACACCAACAACUCGGUAUUUGUCUUCCAGGAGAACAAGGCCCCAGCACUUCUCGACUCACUUGUGGGAAAUAAGUCGCUCGAUGGACAUGACUACCGAUCCGACUUCGACUGGAUUAUCAAGCAAGGCUUCCAGUGGGUCAUUACUGACACUGCCGAUGUCUGGGAUGCCGAACUGCACGCUCAGGGAAAGCGCAACACAAGCUACUUGUUGAAUGGCAGUGAAAAUAACACGACGAACGGAUGGUAUCCUUGUGAUCGGAAGCAGCCACGCUGCUCCCGGUGCGAGCGCCGAAGCUGGCCAUGUCGCUAUUCCCCCGUGUCGAAGACUGGACGGCCUCUGCCCGAUAAGCCCCAGCAUGGCCAAGAACCUUUCUUGCAUACACCCGGACAUGUCUCCGAAGAGACGGUAUCGGAUGACCCAGUUGUCGCGUCGACGAAUACAUUCAACCCAGAGCAACUUGACCGUCCACAAGUAACCGGCAUGUUUGACAAUGUCGUCUCUACCGAUGAUAUCCAAGAUUUCGGGUGGACAGCUGAGUUGAAUGAUCACACUCUUUGGAACGGUGAGGCCUUCUCGAAUUUCACGAAUGUCCCCGCCGCAGGACCGGAUAUCAAUAUCAAUCCAGAUCUGGUGACCGAUCUCAUCGCCGACAUCAACACCGAAAUAUCCAGGAGGGCAAAUUUUGAGCCCUCCAUGCUUGUGGACAAUAGCCUUAUGCUCCGACCGCGAAAAUGGCGAAGCAUAGAGUCUUCUAUGACAUCCAGAAUGAUGCUAGGAGAUAUUCUAACAUAUCCGGAAAUGCUGCUCAACAACCUGAAACUACCCCCAUUCAUCAGUCCGCCAUGCUGCGGCGACGAGUUGAAGUGCCAAGAGGCCGGAACUCACCAAUGCCUUCCGCAACCUUUGGUAGCAUGCGCAAGCAUCAUUCGGAUGUGGCAAGCAAACAGCCCCGACAACAGGGCAUUCAUAUGGAGAACCAUUUACAUGGAGCAACAAAAGCUUCUUCACGAAGUAAGUUGUGUUUGGCAAUGCUGCCAUGACUUCUGGCAUCUGCAUGCUCGUCACUCGUCGCUAAUUCCGGUACCUCUGAAGCAUGAGUCUUACGAAAAGGAUACCCUGAUCGCUGCUAUCCAAGCUUCUGUUUUAUACACAAUACUACACAUUGAGGAAGUCGCAUCGAUCCCGAAACAUUAUGUAAGAUCUCUUCUGAUCACUGUCGGUACCAUGACGUUCUCGAUGAUGAACGUCCGAGAUAUGGAUUAUUGUCACCAAACCGACGACGUUCCUACUCGGCAUGAGUGGAUAUGCAACCAAAGCAUGUGGAGAGUGACCUCCUUCUGCUAUGCGCUGAAUGAACUACUCCACAUCGCAAAAAUACCUUCUUCUGGCAAUGGCGGCGGGCCAUGCAGAAGAGUACACCUCCCCAGCACCCGCAGCCUUUGGACGGCCAGGUCAAAUCUUGAGUGGCAGCGCCAGUACGCGAAGCAGCUUUCUAAACGACAACUCCGAGACUGCUACAGGAUCGCGCACCUUCGGGAGUAUGCCAAAUAUCCAGGAGACUCUUCGGCAGGAAGGAGCUGGGCGACUGACCUUGAUGAUUGGUGCCUGGAUCAUGAUGAGUUGGGAACGCUUAUCUGGAUGGCUACAAAGCUAGAUCCCAAGUAA